CCAGUGCGGGCUCGGAGUCACUGGCCGGGGCGGUGACAGAUGCUGGUGGGGACGAGACCUUGCUCCAGCCGUCGAUCAUCGGGGGACACGAGGCCAAAGCGCACUCCCGGCCCUACAUGGUGUCCCUCCAGGUCAGCGGGUGUCACAGCUGCGGGGCAGCGCUGGUGCACCGGCGCUGGGUGCUCACGGCCGCGCACUGCCUGCCUCAGGGGUCGUUGCGCAAGGGGUUGCUGGUGGUGGGGCUGCACAACUGGCGGGAUCGCGAGCCGGGCACGCAGCGUUUCCCCAUCCGGGCUGCCUGUCCCCACCCCGGCUACGACAAUACGACGAUGGAGAACGACCUGCUCCUGCUCCAGCUGGACGGGAAGGUGACACCGAGCAAGACACGGAAGCUGAUCUCGCUGGCGAGGAAGGAGCCGGCGCCGGGGACUCGGUGCAGCCUGGCGGGCUGGGGGGUCUGGCGGGGCCGGGAGCUGUCGCCCACCCUGCAGGAGAUGGAGGUGACGGUGCUGGACAAGCGGAUGUGCAACAACAGCCGCUUCUGGAAGGGCGGCAUCGGCCCCGCCAUGAUUUGCUUCCAGGGGCUGCGCCGCGGCUCGGCACCUGACGAGGGUGACUCGGGGAGUCCGCUGGUGUGCGGGAAGCGGCCGGCAGUGGCCGGCGUGAUGUCCUUCAGUAGCAGGGACCCCACUGACCCUUUCAAGCCGCCGGUGGCCAUCUCGAUCGUGAAGUACAAGAAAUGGAUCCAGAAAACGCUGCAGAGGGGCUGCGCACCUUCCUAUUUACACAGAGCAGCCCCCCAGCCUGGUGACAGCACCCUGUGAGCAGCCGCUGGGAUGAGCCCG